AACUAAAAUAAGUAAAUUUAAAAGUUGAAUUAAAAAUGAAUAAUUAUUGUACUUUAGUGCAAUGAAUAUUUACAUACUGAUGUCUAGUUGAUGUACAUUACAAUAUUAUUAUCAUUACAGUAAUCUUUUAUGAGUAAAUAAGGUUAUUAAUUGUUAUCACGGAUUUCAUAAGUCAAGAAAAUAUAUAUAAAUCUAAGCACAUUUAUUGCCAUUUAUAAAUAUAUAUACAAAUAUCAUAAACGUUAAUUUGUCGUUUAGUUUUAUACUUGACCUCGCAAACUUAUAUUUAUUAUUAUUUUUACAAUUACGGGCAUGCGAGGAUUUAAAAAAAAACGUCUUCAAGAUUACGCUCUUUGAUACUGAAAUUUAAAAAACAGCAGCAUAGAUGAGGACUCAGUUGCAUUUGAAUUAAAUUUAUAACAAGUAUUACUCCGUAAAUAAAAAUGGGUGAGAUACUUGGAUCUGCAAGUUUUUUGCAUCUUGGUGACAUUGUCAGCUUGUAUGCUGAAGGAACAGUAUCAGGAUUUCUGUCAACAUUGGGAUUAGUUGAUGAUCGGUGUGUCGUUUGUCCUGAGGCAGGAGAUUUAGUUAAUCCGCCGAAGAAAUUCCGAGAUUGCCUGUUCAAAAUAUGUCCUAUGAAUCGAUAUUCCGCUCAAAAGCAAUUCUGGAAAGCGGCAAAGCAAAAUGGAAGUUCUACAACGGAUGCUGUUUUAUUAAAAAGACUUCAUCAUGCCGCGGAAAUCGAAAAAAAACAAAAUGAUACUGAGAACAAAAAACUAUUAGGCUCAGUUGUGUCUUACGGCAACGUCGUCCAGCUUCUCCACCUCAAAUCCAAUAAAUACCUGACUGUGAAUAAACGGCUGCCAGCGCUUUUGGAAAAAAAUGCGAUGCGUGUUUACUUGGACGCUAAUGGGAACGAGGGCUCCUGGUUUUACAUAAUGCCGUUUUACAAAUUAAGAAGCGACGGUGACAGCGUUGUUGUAGGCGAUAAAGUCAUAAUGGAGCCUGUUAAUUCCGGGAGACAGGGUCUUCAUGUAGCAGCGAACUACGAGCUCAGCGAUAAUCCAGGUUGCAAGGAAGUCAACGUCGUUAAUUCAUCUACCUCCUGGAAAGUCACGUUGUUUAUGGAGCACAAGGAAAACCAGGAGGAGAUACUCAAAGGUGGCGACGUCGUCAGGCUUUUUCAUGCCGAGCAAGAGAAAUUCUUGACCAUGGAUGAGUACAAGAAAAAACAUCACGUUUUCCUGAGAACAACUGGAAGAACGAGUGCUACUGCGGCGACCAGUAGCAAAGCGCUUUGGGAAGUGGAGGUCGUGCAACACGAUCCUUGUAGAGGCGGAGCCGGUCAUUGGAAUUCUUUGUUUCGGUUUAAACAUCUUGCUACAGGUCAAUACUUGGCCGCUGAAAUUGAUAUUGAUGAGCCUUUGGAUACAUCUAAAAUUAAACGGGAUUUAUCUGGAGCGGCAUAUAGACUAGUCUCCGUUCCCCACAGCAAUGAAAUUAGUUCACUAUUUGAGCUGGACCCUACAACGCUGACAAGAGCUGACAGUUUGGUACCGCAAUCCUCAUUUGUAAGAUUACAUCAUAUUUGCACGAAUACUUGGGUGCAUUCAACUAGUGUACCUAUCGACAAAGACGACGAAAAGCCAGUAAUGUCAAAGGUAGGAUGCGCUAUAAAUAAAGAGGAUAAAGAGGCCUUUGCUUUAAGAUCAGUAUCUCCAGUGGAGGUUCGCGACCUUGAUUUUGCGAACGACGCUUGCAAAGUCCUUGCAUCAAUUAGCGGUAAAUUAGAACAGGGGACAAUAUCGCAUAAUGAAAGGAGAGCUGUCACAAGUUUACUCCAAGACAUUGUUUACUUUAUUGCCGGAUUGGAAAACGAACAGAAUAAAUCAGAAGCACUUGAUUUGAUUGUCACAAAUGCUGUGAGAGACAGACAGAAAUUAUUAAGAGAGCAAUAUAUACUCGGGCAAUUAUUUAAGAUACUCCAGGCUCCAUUUUUGGAGUCCAAUGAAGGCGAAGGUCCGUUUCUGCGGAUAGAGGAACUAAAUGACCCGCGGCAUGCGCCUUACAAAUAUAUAUUUCGUCUGUGCUAUCGAAUACUCCGAUUGUCACAGCAGGACUAUCGAAAGAACCAGGAGUACAUCGCUAAAUUUUUCGCCUUCAUGCAAAAACAAAUCGGGUAUGAUAUUUUAGCGGAAGACACAAUCACCGCACUGCUGCACAAUAACCGUAAGUUGCUGGAGAAACAUAUCACGGCUGCGGAGAUAGAGACAUUUGUUGGUCUAGUGAGAAAAAAUAUGAAAAAUUGGGAGUCUAGAUUUCUCGACUAUCUGUCAGAUUUAUGCAUAUCUAAUAAAAAAGCAAUUGCGGUAACACAGGAAUUAAUUUGCAAGAGUGUUCUUAGUGAUAAAAAUAAAGAUAUUUUAAUAGAUACCAAAAUGAUAAAAACCCAAGUCGAGGUAGAGGAGAAUAUCGACGAAGAGCAUGAAGAUGAAAAUGAAGAUCAGCAUCAGGAUGAGACGAGCGAAAUUACCCAGAUAACGAUAUUAGAAGAAUUUGAAAUAAUGCUUGUUUGGAAUAAUGGAAAACGCACAAUGUCACUUAGCGAACUUUCAAGGGGCGCUAAAAUAGGAAACCAUGAGCAUAUUGCAAUAUUGGAUUACUACAGACAUCAAUUAAAUUUAUUCAGCAAUAUGUGUCUGAACCGACAAUACCUGGCUUUAAAUAAUCUAUCGCCGCAUUUAGAUAUUGAUUUAAUUUUAAAGUGCAUGGAAGAUGAAACGGUACCUUAUGAACUACGCGCUUCCUUUUGUCGUCUCAUGCUGCAUUUGCAUGUUGAUCGAGACCCUCAGGAACCCGUAACUCCUGUUAAAUAUGCCCGCCUGUGGUCAGAAAUUUCAUCUAAAAUCAGCAUCAAUGAUUACGACACAAAUAAAAUGCCGGAUGAAAAUAAAGAGGCUGUCAGAGCGCGAUUCAGUUCGACGAUAUUGUUUGUGGAAGAUUAUUUGUGCAAUGUCGUCUCCAACGUCUGGUCAUUUGCUGAUCAUGAACAGAAUAAGCUCACAUUUGAAGUCGUUAAAUUGGCGCGGGAUCUGAUAUACUUCGGGUUCUAUAGUUUUAGUGAUUUAUUGAGACUGACUAAGACUCUGCUCAAUAUACUCGAUUGUGUAUCCGAUAAAGAUUUCAUCGAUGGCAAAAUAUCGUCGGCUAGUGAAAGUGACACUGAAUCAUUGGAUUCUAAAGAUGAAGCUGAAGGUGGUGUAUUGAAAUGUAUAGGAGACAUGGGAGCAGUAAUGACAAGUCUAGCUCUUGGACCGGCGGGUCAAUCGAUGUCCGGAAGCUCGUCACCCAGAUCAAGCCCCGCUGCAAAAAAAGAAUACCCGCUUGUGAUGGACACAAAGCUAAAAAUAAUUGAAAUAUUGCAGUUUAUUCUUGACGUACGGCUUGACUAUCGGAUAUCAUGUCUGCUGAGUAUCUUCAAAAAGGAGUUUGACGAGAACGAAAAAAUGUCAAGCGAUGUAAAUUUAGAACAGAAGGGAAUUGAUUUGGAAGCUAUUGGCACGCAAGCAGAGGGAAUAUUUGGUAGCAGUGACGAAUGCUUGGCAUUAGACUUGGACGGACAAGGGGGACGAACAUUCUUGAGAGUUCUGCUGCAUUUAGCGAUGCAUGAUUACCCUCCAUUAGUCUCCGGAGCCCUUCACUUGCUAUUCAGACAUUUCAGUCAAAGACAAGAAGUUCUUCAAGCAUUUAAACAAGUUCAGUUGUUGGUUUCUGACAGCGAUGUUGAGUCUUAUAAGCAAAUUAAGGCUGAUUUAGAUGUUUUACGUCAGUCUGUUGAGAAAUCCGAGCUCUGGGUUUAUAAAUCAAAGUCAAUUGAAGAACAUGGGGGUAAGAAAAAGAAGAAUAAUAACAAAGAAGAUGAAGAUGACGCCACGACCCCGCGUAAAAUGCCACCGAAGUUGACUCACUUGGAUAAAAGAGGGUCGGCUAUUGAUCUGGACGUGGGGCCGCCUCUUCAUGCAGAUCAAGCUGAAGAGUAUCGUAAAAUUCAGCAGAUAUUAAUAAGAAUGAAUAAAUUGUGCAUCCAAACGUUUCCCGGGGGAAUUGUGAAGCCUCGGAAACACGAGCAACGGCUUUUACGCAACGUCGGUGUCCACACAAUAGUUUUAGAUCUUCUUCAAGUUCCUUAUGAUUGCAAAGAAGACACGCGUAUGAAUGAACUAAUGCGAUUGGCGCAUGAAUUCUUACAAAAUUUCUGUCUCGGCAAUCAACAGAAUCAAGUUCUUCUUCACAAACAUCUUGACUUAUUUUUAAAUCCCGGUAUACGGGAAGCUCAAACAGUCUGCAGUAUUUUCCAAGACAACUCGACGCUCUGCAAUGAAGUCAGUCCAAAAGUGAUCCAACACUUUGUUCACUGCAUUGAAACCCACGGCCGUCAUGUCCAGUAUUUAAAGUUUCUCCAAACAAUCGUUAAAGCUGAAAAUCAAUUUAUACGAAAGUGCCAGGAGAUGGUGAUGCAGGAGCUCGUUCAAGCCGGAGAAGACGUUCUGGUGUUCUACAAUGACCGCGCAUCCUUCAACUAUUUUAUCGAAAUGAUGAGGUCCGAGCGAUAUCGUAUGGACGAAAGCAGUCCACUAAAAUAUCACGUCGAACUAGUAAAGCUGCUGGCUUGCUGUACAAUGGGAAAAAAUGUUAACACGGAAAUAAAAUGCCACAGUCUUCUUCCACUUGAUGACAUCGUCGCGAUGGUGUCUCAUCCCGACUGUCUUCCUGAGGUCAAAGAAGCGUACAUUAAUUUUUUGAACCACUGCUACAUUGAUACCGAGGUUGAGAUGAAAGAAAUUUACACAUCAAAUCACAUGUGGUCUCUAUUCGAGCGUUCAUUUAUCGUCGAUAUGGGAAUAGUAGGAACUGCAACACACGACAGAAAUCACGCGGACACGACACUGGAAAAUUAUGUACUGAAUUGUCUGAUGAAUAUCAUCACGACUUUCUUCAGCAGUCCAUUUUCAGAUCAAAGUACCACCGUCCAGACGAGGCAGCCGAUAUUCGUGCAGUUAUUGCACGCGGCAUUCAAAGUGUCUCAGUGCGCUUGGUUGAAUGCUGGUCAACGAUUCAACGUUGAAAAUUGUAUAAGAACUUUAUCAGAAGUUGCCAAAGGAAGAGGUAUCGCGAUACCAACUGACCUGGAGGGUCAGGUAGCGAACAUGUUCAACAAAGCAGCAAUGCUUAGCAGACAGACCACCAAGUGGCUGCAAGCUGUUAAGCAGCCUAAAGUAGAGCGGAGUCAAAGCCAGCUGAUGCGGUUGGACCGGAGUAUAAUUGAAGGCCUUCAGGAUAUCGUGUCUCUCCUUGAAGAACAAUUGAAACCUUUAGUUCAAUCGGAGCUCUCGCUAUUAGUGGACAUUCUCUACCGCCCGGAAUUGCUGUUUCCGGCGGGUAGCGAAGCGAGAAAAAGAUGUGAAAGCGGCGGCUUUAUUCAAAGGCUGAUAAAGCAUACUGAAAAACUGCUUGAAGAAAAAGAAGAAAAACUUUGCGUCAAAGUGUUGCGAACUCUCAGAGAAAUGAUGGCGAUGGACCCGGAGUACGGUGAAAAGGAAUAUCUGGACGUCUUGGAGCAAGUGUCCGAUGCCAAGAAAGCUAACGAAUUGUCUAAUGAAACAGAUUUAAACGAACAGUUUCUCGCGCAGCAAAUGACACAGCAGCAGCGGGGCGACGCGUUGAGAAGCAAUCUGCUGAUUCGGUAUUUCGGGAAAGCGUUUAUACAGAAAAUGGAAAAUGUCGACAUAAAUGCGUCGCUGACGUCCCCGAUAACCCACGGCCCAGGUGCCAAGAUAUUGAGCCGCGCCGGCCGCACACUUCAUGAGGUCCAGAGUCACUUGGACCGCGAGGGAGCGUCUGAUCUUGUAGUUGAAUUAGUUAUAAAAAGUGUCCACUCACCUAGUAUAUUUGUCGAGGCUGUUGAAUUAGGAAUAGCUCUUCUGGAAGGCGGUAACCCCAUAAUUCAGAAGAGUAUUUAUAAUAAAUUAAUGGGGGACGAUUUAUCCCAGUCAUUUUUCAAAGUGUUUCAUGACAAGAUGAAAGACUCACAGCAGGAAAUAAAAUCAACUGUCAGCGUCAAUACAUCGGACAUGGCAGUAAAAGCACACGAGGACAAAGACCAGAAUAGAGAAGUUGAAAAAAUAUCAAAAAAACGCAUGUCAGGCAAAUCAAAUGGAAUAGUAAUCACUGAUGAAAUAAGAGAAGAAUUAAAUAACGCGGGUGUCAGCACAGUUCAGGCUUACGCGAAUGUUCGAACGAUUGCUUCUGGAGACGACGUUUCAAAUAAUCUAGCUCUUGGAUUUUCACUGGAGGAUAUGCUGGCCGACAAGUUGGAACGUCAUAGGAGUGGGAUUAAUGUCAAUAAUGAGCACGAGGAGGGUCUGCUCAAUGCCAAAGUAUUAGUAAUGCAGCCGAUAUUGAGAUUUCUUCAAUUGCUCUGCGAAAAUCACAACCGCGAUCUGCAAAAUUUCCUACGUUACCAAAACAACAAAACGAAUUACAAUCUUGUAUCAGAAACUUUGAUGUUUCUGGAUUGUAUUUGCGGGUCGACGACCGGCGGACUUGGUCUGCUGGGUCUUUAUAUUAAUGAGCACAAUGUCGCGUUAAUUAAUCAAACUCUUGAAACUCUUACGGAAUAUUGCCAAGGUCCGUGUCACGAUAAUCAAAAUUGUAUAGCGACUCAUGAAUCAAACGGUUUAGAUAUAAUAACUGCGUUAAUAUUAAACGAUAUUAAUCCAUUAGGUAAAACGAGAAUGGAUUUAAUAUUAGAGCUUAAGAAUAAUGCUAGUAAAUUAUUGCUCGCGAUAAUGGAGAGUCGGGGUGAUAGCGAAAAUGCUGAAAGAAUACUCUACAAUAUGAAUCCGAAGCAACUGGUGGAUGUUGCGUGUCGUGCUUUUCAUCAAGAUACCCUGGACGAUGACAAUGAUCUUGACGACACGUCAAAUAGCGGUGACGAGGGCGUUGCUCCUAAAGAAGUAGGUCACAAUAUUUAUAUUCUCUGUCACCAAUUAGCUCAGCACAAUAAAGAAUUAGCCUCGAUGCUGCGUCCAUCUGAAUCCAUUAACGCUGAUGAAAAAAUAAACAAAGCACUUCAGUACUACGUAACUCAUACAGCGCAAAUUGAAAUUGUGAGACAUGACAGAACACUUGAACAAAUAGUAUUUCCAAUUCCAGAAAUAUGUGAAUUAAUAACAAACGACACUAAAUUAAGAGUUCUACACACUGCCGAGAGAGAUGACCAGGGUUCGAAAGUAUCGGACUUUUUCGAACGAACCGAAGAUAUGUUCAAUGAAAUGAAGUGGCAAAAAAAACUACGUGGCCAGCCAAUGCUCUUCUGGAUGAGCAGCUACAUGUCGCUGUGGAGUAACAUAUUGUUCAAUUGUGCGGUACUGAUAAAUCUCAUUGUCGCGUUCUUCUAUCCGUUUGUCGACGCAGUGCCCACACUUAUAAUCCCGCACUUGUCGAGCUUAAUUUGGGCGGCAAUGCUCGCGUCGGGGACUAUCGUAGUCACGUUACCACGGGAGUCGGGGAUAAGGACUCUCGUUGCAUCGACAAUACUCAGACUAAUAUUUUCCAUAGGUCCGGAGCCGACACUAUGGCUGCUGGGAUUUCUGACCAUAGUACUGAAGAUAGUCCACAUGAUCAGUAUCAUCGGUAAUCAAGGAACGUUAACUAAAAGUCCCGAGCAAAUAAUAACAGACGUCGAACUUUGGUACCACACAUCUUAUCUGUUCUUUUGCUUACUCGGAAUAUUCAUGCAUCCGUUUUUCUACUCGGUGCUGCUCUUUGACGUAGUUUACCGUGAAGAAACGCUUUUAAAUGUGAUACGAUCAGUCACCAGAAACGGGAGAUCCAUUAUUUUAACAGCCGUACUCGCGUUGAUUCUCGUCUACAUGUUUUCGAUAAUAGGUUUCAUGUUUUUCAAGGACGAUUUCCUUGUAAGCGUAGACGAUGAGAUCGUAUCAGCUCGGACGACCGACAGCAGCCCUAUCGAAGCAUGUGACGCAAAGGAAUUUGAAAACUGUCAGUCUGGAGCGGAUGGCAUAUCAAGUUACGCUAAAAAAGAUAACGAUAAACAUAAACCCGCUGAAAUAGUUAACGUCGGUGGUGAAAUGAAAGAACGGGCAUGCGACUCGCUGGUCAUGUGUAUCGUAACAACAAUGAAUCAGGGAUUGAGAAAUGGCGGAGGAAUCGGUGAUAUAUUGCGCGCUCCUUCCAGCACUGAGCCAUUAUUUGUAGCACGUGUUGUUUAUGAUCUGCUAUUCUUCUUCAUUGUUAUUAUUAUCGUGUUAAAUCUUAUUUUUGGUGUCAUCAUUGAUACCUUCGCGGAUCUCAGAUCAGAGAAGCAGCAGAAAGAAUUAAUUCUGAAGAAUACGUGUUUUAUUUGCGGUCUCAAUCGAUCUGCUUUUGAUAAUAAAACAGUUUCAUUUGAAGAGCACAUAAAACAUGAACACAACAUGUGGCAUUAUUUGUACUUUAUUGUUCUUGUGAAGGUCAAAGAUCCCACCGAAUUUACGGGACCAGAAUCUUACGUCUACGCCAUGGUCAAGGACCGUAAUCUUGAAUGGUUUCCGCGAUUGAGAGCAAAGUCACUUGCAGCCGAUGAAGGUGAAGGUGAACAAGUCGAACUACGUAGUUUACAAUCUCAGCUCGAGUCAACUCAGCAGCUUGUUAAAUGUCUGUCUCAGCAACUUACUGAGCUUCGUGAUCAGAUGACGGAACAACGUAAGCAAAAGCAGCGAUUAGGUCUUUUAAAUUCGGCAUCAGCGUACAUCCAUGGCACCCCUUCUUAAACUAACAACAGUGCAAUCGCAUUCUUUUUAGAAUAUUUUUUAUUUACAAUCUUAUAGAAAUAAAUAUAUAUAUAUAUAUACAUAAAUGUAUUUAAAAUCAAUAUCCUGGAGAUAUUUUUUAUAGGAGCCGGU